CGACACAAACAUGGCGGCAGCCAGUGUCUGCGGGCAGCGUCUUGUUUUGUAUAAAACGAGCAAAAACACGACUUCCUAAAAUUGGAGUGGAAAGAACCCUUCACCAAUUAACGGCCCUCAGUCCAUAUUUUGUCAUGAACGUUUGGACUUGAGCAAAUGUUGAUUUGUUUGCAUUCAUAGCAAAAAAUCGUUGAACAGCUGUUGUGGUAAAAUGAGUCAACGAGAGGAGAAGCUUUGGAAGGGCUUUCUGCAAGGGAUACGGGACGAUAAUGAAGAUCAAGUAAAGAGAAUUCUUUUGGAGACAGGAAAUCCCAACCUUGGUGGAGGAAAGUCCAAUUUUUUGACGCGAAAAAUAACAACAACUCAGGUAAGGAUAUUUCUUCGUUUCAAGGGUUUAAAAAAACGUAACGUGGAAAGUCCAUUUUGCACAAAAAAUGGAAACCAAGACGAUAUAUUGUAAUCUAGCUGAUUAAGCUAAGCGUAAACUCCACGUUAUAUUAAGUGUCGUAUGUUAAUUAUAUUUGAAUCUACGUUACGCACCCGACCACCAAUUUGCAUCACAUGUCAUGGAACAAAAUUAGCUUAAAAAAGAGCCUUGACGCAGUGGAGCAUUCCAUUUUUAAAACGUGGAUUACGCGUAGCGUAGUAACGAGUUAUUGUGGGCACUGCGAUAUUCAAUUGUAUGGUGGCUUAUAAGAGACAUUUAGAUACUUUCAUUUUCACGUAAUAAUUUGCCAUUUAACUUAUUCUCGGUUUUGACAUGACGUCACUAAAACUCGAACUAAGGAACUAUCUAUUCUUCUGAGUUUCUGAGUUUCAAGAGGUAUUACAGCACCUAAACACCUUUCUUUAAACAAAGUUUUGGUUCGAAAGGGUUCUUCAUUUUGCGAUAGAGGACAUUUGAAUUUCUAGGCUUUUGCGCCACGUGGCAUUUAGCAGGCGGCCGGGAAGGCUCUUAUCUGGGUUAAAAACAUCACCAAUUUUGGGUUAUUUUGAUAUCUGAAUAUUCCUUGUCUCGGAAUAAAUAUCACUUUCAUCCUUUAUGAGUUUUUCAAGCAGUUAAUUCACACAUUAGUAGGAAAACUCAAAAACACUGAGAUGUUUCUGUUGGUUUCCUGCAGCCGUAUUUGUGCCCCUCAAAGGGACACAAACAUGGUGUCUCCAUACAAAGCUUUAUAAAUUUGGGUUAAGGGUUUUUCCAAAUAUCUCGCAUAUGAAAUAUUGCACACACCUGAUUCUUGGUAAGGCCUUGGCUUUUGCAUAUUUAUCUUAUCUGAAAACCCCCAAUACUCUCGAUCAAAGUGAAUAAAUAGCAAUACAAACUUAUAUCUCUCGAUUUCCACUUGAAUGUCAUGAUAGUAAAUUCAGGCCCGUAACCAGGAAGGGGGGAAAAGGGUGCAUUCGCACCCCCCCACAGGCCCCAAAUUAAAGGUCUGCAUUUUGAUACUGGAAAAAGCAGUAGUGUAUUCACUGGGAAAAUAAAACCAGCUGCGCUCUAGUAGCCCGAGCCAUUCAGAACAUUUCAAUGAGCGCACAGAUGUCCGAGUGUAUCUAUAUGAAAGAUGAGAUUAACGUGCGCACACCUUGGCACCGGCCAAAUACAGCAGCCAAAGCUCUUAAGGAGUGUAAUGAUGAUCUCUUUCCAAAGAGGGUCUAGAAGAGGGAUAGGCGUAAAACGGCCAAAAAUUUAGUCGAUAGCCGUAAAAAUUGAAAAAUUUUAACCGUUAGCCUUAAAUAGGGUAAAAAAGAGUUAACCGUAAAAGAAAUUGUUUCCUAGAUUUGUUGAUUUUAAGGAAGGUGCUAAACUCGCUUAUGGUUGCAUUUUUUAUUUCCCGGCUACCUUUGACUCCGUACGCACAUUAGGCCAAGUGCCUUUUAGGUGUUGACCUAGACCUAGGCUCCAUUUCUGCCACUCUCUCAAAUAAUCAAGUUUUUUCCAUAGCAAAAAUCUGGCUUCUUGCUGGGGAUUAAUAUUUGUGAUUUUCAGGAGGUCAUGCCCUCGAAAUACUAGUGAAACAACACACAGAGAUAAACAACAAUUCCCUGUUCUUCUCUGAUGCUAUGGUAGACAUUGCUAUGCCUAGUCCCUGUACGGCGUCUUUCCAUGCAAUCUCGGUCAAGGCAUUUUGGUGGCGUAUCUAUCCCUGCAAUGAGCUGUGAAUGUGAAAGAAGUGUGAGUUCUUUAAGGCGGCUGCAUAGAUAUAACAGGGCAUGCAUGGGCCAGGAAAGGCUGUCAUCCCUCGCACUAAUGCACAUACAUGAUCAAGUUAAAAUUGUUUUGGAUGAGGUGAUAAAUCUGUUUGCCACCAAACACCCACGGAGGCUGGAGCUCUGGAUUAUUCUGAGGGAUUAGUUCCGCAGUAUUUUGAUGUAUCAUUUGACAUUGUUAAAAUUACUCCUUUAUAACUUUAUUCAAACAGUUGUAUUUGACAAAUGUAAUAUUCAGUUCCUACCGUGUACUUUGCCAUUACAAUUUCUCAUGUAUUGCUACUUUCCUAAAUAAACGGAUCAGACAAUAAAAAAUACAUUUUGGUAGUUUGGUCCACUUUGGUCUCGUUAGCACCCCCCACAUAAAAUCCUGGUUACGGGCGUGAAAUUAUAACUCUUAAUUGCAACUUCUAACUCACGAUCGAUCGCAACUGAUAACCUGUGAUCACCACUUGUAACUCGUAAUCACAACUUACAACUUGGGAUUGCCACUUAUAGCUCACAAUCGCUACUCAUGACUUCUGCUUGCUACUUACGACUGGCAAUCACCUUUUAUAACUGGUGAUCGCCAGUUGUAGCUCUCGAUCACCACUUAUAAUUUGUGAUGGCAACUUACAACUUGCGAUUGCAUACAUGCUUUACCGCCAAAUUUCCACUUAAUCACAUGUGGCAUGAAAUUCCCUCUUUUGCUACGUGCUAAAAACAGGAAUCGCCCCAUAAUGCAUUGUGAACAGAACUGUACUCCAUAAAAGACCAUCUAAAAUCUAUAAGAUUAUGAACUUAUAAUUGUGUGUUGGAUAUGGUAUCAAAUCAUGAUUAAAUUGUCUACUAAAGUUAUCUUUUUUUGGAAGUUGAAAAACAUUGUCUGCAGCUUCAGAAUGCAGGAAAACACAUCUCUGCAACUGUAGAAUUUCAAAAUUUUCCGGGAGAGCAUGCUAGGGAUGCAAGGCUCAAAGGGCCUUUGCCCAGCUGUCAAACCUGCCCUCCUGUUCAAAACCUCAAUGAAACCUCGGUUAUAAAAGGGGAUCGGGAGAUAUAAGUAGCAAUUGCAAGUUGUAAGUAGUGAUUGUGAGUUAUAAAUAGCGAUCAUGAGUCGUAAGUAGCAAUUGUGAGUCAUAAGUAGCAAUUGCGAGUUAUAAGUGGCGAUCGUGAGUUGUAAGUUGCAAUUAUGAGUUAUUAGUGGUAAUUGCGGAUUAUAAGUUGCGACCGAGGGUUAUAUGUUGCGAUCACGAGUUAGAAGUUGAGGAUCGAGAGUUAUAACUUACUUAAGUUUGUAUUGCUAACUAUUAACUUUGAUCAAGAGUAAGUCAAAUCACAAAUUAUUAAGUGGAAAUUAAUGAAAAAUAUAUAGAGAUGUCCCUUAUGGGCCACUGUUCAAAAGUGUCACUCAAGUGUAGAGUCAACACUUUUGUAAUGAGUUGGCUCGCAAUAUAGAAUGCCCAAUAUAUCAAAUGACAACUGCCAUAGAUUGAUCGUUCCCAUUCUGUGAUCAAGGAAGCUUUCUGAACGUGCAUUGUGCCCAGAGCUUUUGAUUGUAUAAUUUUGUAGCUUUCACAGGACGAUAAUUAUAAGUUGUCUUCAAGUGGACUUUGAAUGUUUUAUUAUUAGCGCUAUGGCCAACUUGGAGACAGAAGUUUAUGAACUUUUAAUUAAAGCUUUUUGACUCAUCCAGGCGAUAAACAUGACAAAGAGAUUGCUUUUCAACUCCCCAAGCUGGUCCAAGCUCAUGAUUCUGCCGUUAGUCUCACAAUUUUUUAACUUUUCUCACAACAGGACUCCCAAUCCCAUUGCUUUUAGGGAAAUGUCAUUCUGAAAUGAAAUGUUUCUUUGUUGAAUAAAAACAGAAAUGUUUACUGUUGCUGAAUCUUACUUGAUUCUCCUCAUGUAAAUGCAGAGAAUUACAAGCUGUACAACGCUGUCAGCAAGACAAAGGUUUUUUGAGACACUUAAUUGAUAUCGCUUUAAUUUGUUGGCCACUUGUUCUUCAAAUGCGACAAAAUGAGUUAAAGUAUGGCUUUUACCGUCAAAAUCCAGCUUAUUUUCCUCGAAUAUAUCUUCAUAAAUAAAGCUCUACCAGCUUCAAAGAGCGUCCGCUGGCAGAAUUUCAUGGGCAAAAACGUUAAAGAUAAUUAAUUUAACAUCAAUGCUUAACACUUGUUGUCGUGGUGCAAUAGAUAGUGCGUCGACCUUACAUGUUAAUGGUCUGGGGCUCAAUGCAGGAAAAUUUUUUCCUUUCUUUUUGUUUUGGUCGUUUCGUUUUUGUUUUGUUAGGUUUGCUUUGUUUAAUGUUUUGUUUUGUUGUUUUUUUUAACAUAUUUUCAUUUUUUGUGAGACUUAAAGUGUACUGGUAGACUAAUAAUUAUUAAUUAUUGCAAGUUCAUUAUCAGCUUUCAUUUCCAAAAAUUAAUCCUUCUGUCAGCCAUAGGCCAGUGGGGGGGGGGGUUUGGGGGAGUACUCCUGGAUUUGAAUUUUCAUGUAUGUCCAAGGGUUAAUCUAAAGUGUAGUCAGAUCACAAGAAGAUCUCAGGGUUGACUCAAAUUCUCAAGUGCUUUUUCAUUUGUUAACAAUCAAUGGAAACUAAACGGGUUUGUAAAUGUACCUUUUUCACUUUAAGCAAUUCAACUUUGGGAUUUGUUUUUCUAAUUUAAAAUAAAAGUAUGUUUUCACAGAUAAGUCAAACUUUCAAAUAACAUUUUAAAAUUUAAAAAGGUUCAAAACUGUCAUUACUUUUUUGUUGUUAUUUUUAUCUCGUAGGGAACACUUACAGUAUUGCAUUUAGCAGUAAAAAAUGGUGCAGAGAGUAUCAUAAAAUUACUGUUUAAGAAUGGAGUCAAUGUGAACGCAACCAGUGAAGUAAGAUUUCUUUUCUUUUGCAUUUAAUCAGUGAUAAUCAACCUGUUCCUCCUCUUCGUCACCUUACUUGGACCUAAAAGAUGUUUUUAUUUUUGCAUUAGCAGGGCUGGAGUGCUGGAGUAUAUAUAAAGUGUGAUUCUCCAGGCACCCCCCCCCCCAUAGUAACCAAAUAUAUAAACCUGUAUAUCCUAAAGCAUUAUAAUAAGAAAUAUAUAUGGAGAUUGAGAAGUGAGAAGAUUACACAUAUGUUGAUAUUGGGGCUCAAAGGAUCAAAUUUUUGCAGGUGAUCUGGAGUCAUGUCUGAGAUCAGCCAUUACAUCAAAUCUAAAAGUCCACAGCUGAUCAAGGAACCAACUUUCCACUCAUUUUAUACAUUUACCUUUUUUAAAAAUAGUGUCAGGUAAAGAUACACUGUAGAUUAUUGACUCAAGAUUGUUGUUAGACCAAAAAAUGAAUGCCAAAUCGCUACUGACAGUAAUUCCACAUUUGAUCUGUUUGUACCAACACUGACAAGCUUCUUGUGCUUCCUCUUAAUGACCUCAAUAUAUUACAGUGUGACUUCUAUAACUGGGGCCACCUAGAAAAAGUCAACCAAUUGGAUGACAGGAAACAAGAAUCGCCGAAAGGCAAUUUUUAACUGGGCUGCAAAGGAGCUAUUUUUUCUGAGGGGAGGGGGCGGCUAUACACACUCAGGCUACUACAAAACCUUGUCGCCGACCAUUGCUUGCGACAGAAUCUUAUGUGAGACUGAAACAUAACCUCAUUCAGAACAUUGUACCCUUUUGAAAGACUUUCGUAACCAAAAAAAAAGAGUACCAUUUUUAAGUGCUUUUAAAAUCCACUAUUAUGAAUAAAAAUAAACAAGUUAGCCAUUAAUUCUAAGCCGGAAACGAUUUGCAUUAUUUUCACGCACCCCUCCCCCAAUCCCUCUGUGCCCCAAAAUAUAGCGUGACAGUAUAACGUGACUAAUUCAAGACGUAACCGGAAAUUCCAAAAAUUGUUGUCGUUCUACGAGCAUAAAGUGCGACGGACAGAGCUGAUUUACACCAGACAGAAAUAUUGUAUGAAAAUUAAACCAGAAGUAUACUAAAACAGACAGCCAACUGCCCAUUGAUCCCACGUGAUCCAGGGGCCUCUGACUGCUCUGAGAUUUUGCUGCACUUUUCACAAACAUGCGAACUCUAAACUUCAAAAGCCACCUUCACAAUUGUGUUUUUUGCUGCCGUCAAUCAUAAUUACGAUCACAAGCGACGAACCUUGAAACAGAGAAACACAAAACGGAUCGAAAUCCGCAAAUCACAAACCAUGACCUUUUGAACCCAUGAAGUAAAGUUUUGUUUCCUAAGAGGUCCGUUAAGAUAAGAUGAUUGACAACAGCGAAAAACGCAAUCGUCGGUUGGCUUUUGAACUUAAGAAUUCGCAUGUUUGUGAAACGUGCAGUAAAUAGAGAAUCCUAAUAUAUUUGCGAUCUACAGUCUACAUAAAAACCGGCACUAUUUUUUCCACAAGAUAAAAAAUAUUCAGUUUUAAGAUUUUCCUCUUGGUAUUUUUCUCUAACUUAAAGGAAUAAAAUCCUUUGCAUUCUGUGACCUAAAAAAGUUUAAAGUUUUCUCGCUCACAUGUUGCUUUCAUCAGCACGCACUUCAAACCAUUAUGUAAAUAGAUGAAACGAUUGACAGCAUAUUUUUUACCUGAUACCGAUAUGAGUUAAAAAUUCGCUUGAGCUCAUUGUUUGUCUCACCCAUGACUAACUUUUCUUCAUAGACAAUAACUAUGCCACUUUAUAACUCCUCGGAAGUUUUUGUGCCAGCUAAACAAUAUUAUGGAAUCACUAUUCAAAGUCCUUGGAUAUUAAAAAGACUGAACAUGACGCACUAUUGUGACUUUGUUUACUUCUGAUCACAUCUUCAAGCAAAUUAAGUCUCUCUUUUCAAAGUCCUUGGAUAAAGGAGACUGAACAUGACGCACUAUUGUGACUUUGUUUACUUCUGAUCACAUCUUCAAGCAAAUUAAGUCUCUCUUUUCAAGCGAUUCAUCUCAAUGCACAAUAAUUGACCCUUACAUUCGUCAAAACCCUAUAGGUCAUUUACUGACUAUACUAGGGUAUCUAAAAGAUAGUAAUGCUGCGGCACAUUCUGUUGAUACUGGCAUUAGUUAGGCAGUGAGACUUAAAAGAAUCGAAAAUGACAUUGAAUGUCCUAUUUACAUGUUGGAAAGUACUAGAAUAAUUACUAUCAGUCUAUAGAAAGAACUCGUGGGAACGUUGUUUAGAAAAUGAUCAAGUGAUUAUAACUCUGGUUUUCCCACGGUAAAUUGUAGGAAAUAAUAGAAAUUCAGAUUGUUUAUCCAUAUAUUUAAUAUACAGGGCAUGAUAUUUUUCGGGAAACACAAUACCUUUCUUGCUGUUUGUUGCACUUUAUUAAGUAACAGUUAUUUAGCUAUAUAUUUAUAGAAAACAACAACACAAAAAACGGCAAAAAAAAAAGAAAGAAGGAAUAAAGAAUUCGGUAGGACUCGAACCCUGCACCUAACCACUACACCACAGAGGCUGAUUACGUAACUUUUGGGAAAAGUAUUGAUUUUAUUCCUUUUCGAUGAAACUUCCGCCGGCAAGAUGAUCGCCAGCCGCAUUAACCGAGCUAUUAACAGUGAAAAAACAAUGUAAACGCAUAUUCCAUGGCAAUGAAUGAAUGAAAGAACAUAAUUAUGCUUUUCAAAACGCCGAUACACGUCCUCGUCUACAAAGUAAGACACAAAACAUAUGUUUUGUUAUCUCGAUUUCCACUGUUAUUUUGAAGCGAAUGGUCAAAAUCACAUCCAUUUUCGGCUCAUACAGUUUCUUGAGAAUAGCACUGCAUGACAUUUUCUCACUUUCACAUCACCUUCUAGCAAGCUGGAAUUUGUAUAUCCCCCGUGUUGCGGAGUCAAAGAGCAAAUGCAUCUUCUCGUCAGGUUUAACACCUGGACGAGUCAAAGGCUCUUGAAUUGAAAUCCAAUCCCCAAGUUAACCAUCGUACUCAUCUGAAAGACUCCUGCGUGUCUUAAAAUUUGGUAAGACCUCUAACCGUGCUGUAGAAAAUUUGCCACAAAGAACACUGAGCAGCGAACGAUGCACUCUCCACCGAACUUCCCCGUGUUUUUAUUUGCGUUGUUCGUGGCGCAGUGCACUCUGGUUAAAUGCAAUGCAUUGCGGUAAAAAGUGAUGAAUUCGAGAAUUCGUCGCCUCUUAUAUAUUUCCUUUAAAUCCUGAUUAUGUUGCUGCUCGCUCCCUUCGGUCGCUCCGCAGCAAUUAAUGCUGUUUUUGCCCCUCACAUUGACGGUGUUCGUUCGUAUUCAAAACACCUUUAGGAAAAUAAAGGUUAUAUAAGUCAUGUGUAUUAUGUUUCAAGAUAAAUGGAUUAUACGCUUUUUAAGUUUCCAUUUUGCGGUGACUUCAGUUUACAUCUCCAUUAAAUGGUAGAAGAAAUAUCAAGAAACAUCACGAGAGCUGAAAAUUUUCAAAGGCAUGUUUCUGGAACUUGCUAAUGCUGACAUCAAUAUAGCGUGCUUGCUGAAUGGGCGAAAACACAGAAUUGUGAUCACAAGAUCAUGUACAAAUUUAAUGAUGAAAGCUUAGCAAGAUACAGAUACAAGCAAAAGCAAAUCCCCUGAAACCUCGACGUGGGCUACACUUGUAUGCUCUACUCAGGCACCAAACCCUGUCAGUAAUAGCUCCUAUUUUCCUCAAGUCAAGCCUUGAACUUGUGUGCGAAAUUCGCAGAGUUCCUAUUUUUGUCUGUGUCUUCUUUAUCCUCAGUAUCUGAAAUUUACACUUCCAAAUUAUAUAGAAGGAAAUAUUUAACGGAAAAGCCAGUCUUCUAACAUGGCAAAGUUGUCACGUCCCUCGCUCAUGGACGUGCGUAACAUCAGGAUUCAUCUGCCAUUCAUUGGCAACUGAGUUGUUCGCUUCAUUGACUACGACAGCUUACAAUCAAGUCUUCAGCCAUAGUGUCGUCAACUGGUGAAAUACUUUGCUCAUAAAUUGUGCUUCUUAAUUGCUCAUGUACUACAUCGAUUGAUAGUUCUCACUUUGAGUUCACGAAGCGGCCCCAGUGUUCCAAACCUGAUGCUCACAGUCAUCUUUUGGUGUGAACCUACAGUGAACGGCGUGUCGGUUUGUAUGCAACGUGAGCAUUUCUCUGAGUUUCCCAGCACCAACAUCAUCUAACUGACGUAAACAGUCGAACAAUAAAAAAAUUUUAGAGCGACUCCUAUGAUCGAAUCGCUUCGAACAACGCAAAUAGCCUUCUUCAGGUUCGCAACGCCUUGUGGGUUUUUCAGGGGGAGCGGAGACGAGGUACAAAAAGUAUCCGUGCAAGGGCUCGUGCAAGAGAAAAUCCUAUGAAACCAUUUGUGAGAACAUCAUUUCUCGGUACCAGACCCUCAUGUCUUCUCGCCCCCGGAUGACGGUUUUUCGACACCGAUGACCGAAAACCGAAUUUAUGACUGGGCCACACAGGCAGCCCAGUAAAUAACUAUACAGUCUGAGAAAAUUACUUGUCAAUGAUCAUAAUUACCACAAAACAAAAUAAACAACGUGGAUCAAAAUCAACCAAUUACAACCUACAGACGUGAUCUGAGUUUCCUGAGAGGUCAGUUAGAGUGUCGACAGAGGGAGAAAAUGAAAACAUAAGGCAUAUUUUUGACUUGAGGGAGCAUGUUAUUGCAAAAUGUGGCAAUGGUAGCAAAGAAAUUGCUGGUAGAUGACAAAUUAAUGUUCAGCUUGUGUCAGACAUAUGUCUCCCGGGCAUUAUUAAAAUGUAAAGUUUUGUAUAGAAAAAUAUUGUCUGGUGAAACAUUAUGCUUUCUUGAAAAACGUUUGCUAUCAUUUUUUAAAUUUUUUGCUAUGAGUAAAUUAUUGUUUUCUUACGAGCUCCUGAUUGGCCCAUUACCAACUUUCUUGGAAUGUAUAUUGUUAUUUACCUGUGAUCUGAUCGGUCAACUUUAUCUACGGUGGCCCUGGUCACAGUACUCGCACUGUUCAUUUGUUGCUGAUGUUUGUGUUAACAAAAGUACAGUGCACAAACAAUUGACCAAAUAGGUUACGUUGUCAAUGCUGAUUAUUGAAACUUUCUCAAGCCUCACAAGGUGAAUGGAAAAGGAUUUCUUCACCAAAAACCAUGAGACUUGGACCAGCAAUCAAGUGGCUGCAAAUGCCCAAAAGAAUGCCACAGGCCCUUAAGAUUUAAUGAUGUUGUUUUUUUUGCUCCGCAGCCCCACAAAUUCACUGCUCUUCACAUGGCAGUAGAGCAAGAUAAAAAUGGAAUAAUUCAAUUGCUUUUGUCACAAAGAGACGUUGAUGUCAAUGCAUGUGAUGAGGUUAGUUUAUAAAGUGAAAAUAAUUAAAGUUAACAUUUGUCUUUACUUACAUCUCUAUAUGUAUGUGUGGGAUCAAUUGGCAAUGUAUUUGAUAUACAUUUAUCAUUUUUAAUUACAACUCCUUUUUCAUCUAGGAAAGUGCUAUAAAUUACUUGAUUGCCUUUUAUUUUUUUCCUAUCUUCACUUUCAUGCCUGCCUGUAAGGUUGUAAAAAAUCUCUUUUAAGUCACCCCUAGCUGUAAAGACACGUGAAUAAUUUAAUAUAAUGAAUGUGUAUUAUUUUAAGCCUUGGAUGAUUCAUGAUAUGAAAUUAUGUACAAUGUAAUUCUCUCUUCAUUUCGCAAGUAUAAUUGUUAAAAAAAUAUAUCUGAAAGGAGAAGUCUACCACCCUGGUCAUAAUAAUAAUUGCUGAAUUGCUUGCCGAGUGAUUGUUGGCUGUCUUCCUCUUCAAUGUUAAUGUUGACAAGGUAAUGAGGUCCAAGCAAACCUGUCAAACCAACAUUGAAGGGAAGAGUGGGGGGAUAUGUAUGUGUUGCAGUUAAUUUUUCAUUUCAGUAAGUUUUUGUUUUUUCUUUCCCUCUUGUUUUAAAUUCAUUAGCAUACAUAAUUUACCAUACCCAGAAACACUGGAAAAAUAAAAAUUAACUGAAAUAAAGAAUUAACUACAGCAUGUGUACAUACUACACAGUUAAGUCUCUUGUGUUUUCUAGAAGUGUUGUGAGAAAUUGUAGCACUCUAUCUCAAGUAACUCAGGUUUUUUUUUACCAAGCAUCCCUGUCCUAUAAAUUGAGGCUGAUAAUUUAACUGGGAGUUUUCUGUCUGAAUUUCUCCCUCUGUGAGGAUCACAGGUGAUUCUCUGUAUGGGCUAUUUGCACCAGAAUCAAAGUUGUGUAGAUAAUUGAUGAAAUGAUUAUCUUUAGAAAAUAAUUAAUAUAAAGAAUUAAUUAUGAAUUCAUUAAUAAUAAGUUAAAGUACGAGACAAAGAAAGUAGAGAAACAACCAUGAAGGUAAAAAAAUCUUAGCCUGAAAUUAAUUUUGAACUAUAACAUGUAUACAAGUUGCUCCUGCUCCUAAACAAAUAAGGAGACCCCCUGAACUUAUUUAAAAAUUUGAAUUUUUAUUAACAACAUCCUGCUGUAAACAACCAGUCGGUAAAGUCCGAAGAAAUCUCACUGCAGGUUCUAUUGCAGAGGAUAAAACUCUGAGCAUAAAAAUAAGACUGUGAAAGGUAAAAACAUUAAUUAUUUUUCUUAUUUCCACAGGAAAUAGAGUGUCUCAUGAAAAAUUUUAUUGUCUUUUUGUCUUGUCUUUCUUGUAGUAUGGGCAUACUCCACUAAAGCUGGCAGCUGAGAAAGGAAAUCAACAGACAGUUAAAUGGCUUAUUGAGAAAGAGGCUGAUAUAACCAAAGCUGACUCCGUAGGUUUAAUGUUUUUUAGCUCUUCAAAAAUUUUUUUUAAGCCAAUACUUUUUAUUAAGUGUCAUGAUUAGUCCUUAGGUCUAUUACUAUCCAGGAAUGAUAAUAUUUUUUAUAAAAAAAGUGAUAGUCAUCAUUUCUAUCUUCAUUCUGCUUUUGCCAUUGGGAUGGCAAUGCUCUGUACAAUGACACCUGAUCCAGAAGUAAAUUGUUUGCAAGAGUCUCCCUGUCCAGAAUCCAUUAAGACCAUAAUUAUCUGGCCAUGGAUUGCCAUUUCCCUUGAAUAUACAGGGCUGUUAAAUUGUACAUUUAAAUAAGUUUUGGUCCCUCUUUCGUUCAGGUUGACAACACAGCCAUUCAUGUUGCAGCUGACAAGGGGCACUAUGGCGUGUUACAGUUGCUAUUAUCGUCAGUAGCUUUUGCUAAGAAUCCAGGGAUCAUUGGCAAGCAAAAUAAGGUACAGGUUUCUAAAUUCUGCAUGGGGCAUUGGGGGUAGUGGGAUGGGGGAGUGGUGUGGAUUGAAGUCUGAGGUGUCAAUUAAAUCCACACCCCUUCUCCCCAAGCAUUAAAGUGUACUUACCCUGUUAUGUUUGACUCCUCCUUCUACCUCGCUCAAUCAGAAACUUUAAGGUAAUUCCCUUCAAAUGGAUAAUAAUGUACUAUCCAGAAUUUCUUCAAACUUGGCACAAUUGAAAGUCAUUUAUAGGACAUUGAAAAAGCGAUGAAUUGAAAGAUGGGGUCAGUGGCUGUGUUUUUGCCCAGCUUGCCUGUUAUACUUAGAGUUGUUCAAAACUUGAAAACUGUCAAAUGCUUGUGAUUUCUUUUUUAUUAUUUAGCAAGAACUACAAAAAUAAUUGAUAGUCAUGUAUAAGACAUGCAAAAAAGAAUGCAAUGAAAAGAUGGGUUCACCACUCUGUGUUUUUGCCUGUGUUGCCUAUUAUUCUGAGUGUUUUUCUGAUUUGCGUGCAACACAUUCAGAUCUUGAAAACUGUCUGUAACAGGACAGUGAAAUGGCAAUAGUUAUUUAUGCUUCAAAUCGGUUCAUUUUAUGCAAAGGGACUGAGUCAAAACCCUUGGCCUUAAACUUAUUUCAACUGACCAGCAAAAAAAUUGAACAGAAUAUACCAGCCUGAUAGCAAAAACCACUUGCCCCGGGCUACUGGACAUUACUUUCUUUGCAUGCUGCUACAUCCAAAUCAUUUGUAUUCUCAGGCACAGUGUAGCUAGCUGGGCCAACUCUCCUCCAUAUAAACAAAGCCAAGCUUGUCCUUCUUUGUUUUAGCAAUUUAAUACGUGCUCGACCAGUAUCUAAACAUACUUAGCAUGCAGCGGAAGCAUGUUGUGAGCAUGCUUUUGAAUACCUUUAGCUUUAAAAUCCUGUGGUGGGUCACAUAUAAACACUUUAGCUUACCUAGCUGGGUCAACUUUGGUCAAGGCAAGACAAUCAGAGCAUCCUCAAGUGCUGUUUUUACAAUCAAAGCCUGCACUAAGUGAUGUUGGCUUGGGCAAAGGAGUCAACUUUUUCCUCAUAUAAUCGCUUUCUAGGGUUCAGUGACUCGGUUGAGACAGGUUUUUUCUGUAAAACAGGGCCUAAGCAAGCCUGAGAAAACAGCCGACAUUUGGCGACGUUAACCAUUGGUUUUCCUGCCAAAUGACGUCAGCGAAAGGAGCGCAGAAAUUCCAUUCUGAUGACGCGUCACUACCCAGAUCUGGGUAGUGCUUCUGAUUGGUUGUGCCGCGUGGAAACUAAAUUUAAUUGAACCAAUCAGAAGCACUACACAUUUCUAGGUAGUGCUAUUUAUUGUCGCUAUUGCAAUAAUUUGCACCAGACGUAUAUGGUAUCAAGUGUAAAACUGACAGCAAACAUGGAUCUUUAAAGACAUUAUUUUACAUGUAUUUAUGUUGUAGAAAUAUGUGUAAAUAAUUCUAAGAAUAUAUCUUUCCUUUAUUGUAGGAUAAAAAUACUCCUCUUCACUUGGCCGUGGCGCGGGAGUGCCAAAAUUCUGUUGCUCUGUUGUUGUGUUAUGGUGCUGUUUCUUCACUGGAGCUAGAAAACAGAGUAAGAAUCCAGCCUGAAUGUAUUGUACAACGGCAAUGGCGACAGCAACGAGAACCGCGAGAAAAGCAAUAGGUUUAGAUCAGCAAAAGAAAGUUUUUCACGUUCAACACCCUUUUGUGUACAUUUUUUUUUUACAAACUGCUUUAUUUCACAUUUUGUUGUGGACGUGAACACAAAGCAACUAUUUCCUAAUUCUUUUUUUAAACUUUCAAUACAAUCGUUUAGAACUCAGCCCCCGAAAAGAUCACCAGCAUUUGACAAAUUGAACGGCAUCGUUUAAGUGAGAUGAAAGCUCUCUAUUCUCUAUGUCACACUCUUAUAGAUCAUAGGUGUUUCACUCAGAAGUUUGAGAUCAUAAACUGCUGAGCUGGGGAUGAGGGCCACCUACCUAUUGAGGCCACGGUGGGGUACUCAAUACGUAGAAUUGGAAAUUGUAGGCUAAGAAAAAUAGUAACAAAUACCGAGAUCUAAAACCUCUGAGUAAAAAUUAUAUCGUUUUUUACAUUACUUCAUUGGUUAGUGCUAUUUACGUGACGUAAAUCGACGCAGUUGUGAUAUACAAUUAAAUUUUCGCAUAUUAUUACCAGGAUCAGCGCCCCUUUAAGGCCAAUCCAAAGCCUCUGUUAGCGCUGUAGUGCUCUACCAACUGAGCUAUGAAGACCCAUACAUAGGGAGUAGGUCAGUUGUUGAGUUCCUACGAAAGUUAGCAUUAUGUUACACGUAGCUUGAGAAAAAUAAUUGGAACAUCAUCUGUACUAUCGCAAGAAAUAUUAGCCUUUGUCCCCUGGCUGGGCUCUUGACCACUAUAGCGUGCACAGAAAAUCCCCGGAAAAUGGAAAAGUGAAAUGAUUAAAGAUGCCGUAAAGCUCAUAGAAUUCCAAAGAAGUAAAACAGACAAUUUUUCAAAGUUCCAAUCUCUCUCUUUUUUUGCUGAGAUAGAAUCGAGAUUGUUUUCAUUGUGUACAUUACUAAGUUAAACCGAGUUUUUUCUUAUAGUCCUCGAAUAAACGCCGCAUUUUUCUGAUUAUCUAAUCGAGGAUGGAGUUUAUUUGAAUAGAUACCGUACAUUAUAUAAUAACGUUAAAAAUUUUUUCGAGUAAAAUGUGUACAAGUGUUGACUACAAUUUGACCUGGUCUCAAGUUGUAGGAUAAUGCAGCAAUGUGUAUCAGUUUGCACUGGUAACCCAUGCGGUACCAGUUGGGUGAGCUAUUAACCAAAUCAGUUCCUAAUUACUGACUUUGCAGCAUAAUGAAACACCAAAGCAGCUUGCAAAAGGCAACAAAGUCAUCAUGGAGCUUCUGGAGAAUCCUUUAAAAGCCAGACAGGUUAGCAUCAGGUGACAUCAUGUCUCUUACAGAUAUUAUCUCCAUCCAUGGUCCUAGUUAGAAAAGAGAACUUACUUGGUUUUUGGUUUGCAUGUACAGCAUUUAAUGGAACUGACCAGACCAGUUGUCAAAGAGAUUGGAAGAGGUGGUUCAGUGGAAGCUAAUAGUGGUAUAUUUUAUACUCAUUACACUUCCUGUGAAACUCACAAAACCGUGAACACCAGAAAUAUUUAUGGAAUGUUAUUGUGUUGCGAGAAAUAAGCCAAUAAGGCGUGAGAUAACUAAACCAUAAACAGCAAAGGUAAUUAGUUUGUGGUUUUGAGGUUUGCUUGUGUAUCCUGAACUUUAUUGUGAUUGGCCAGUACACAAUCAACAUUCCUGAAAUUUUUCAGGUGUUCACGGUUCUCUGAGUUUGACAGUAAUAUAAUUAUGUGGUACAACCAAGAGAUCAUAACAGGACAAGGGAGGGGUAACCUGAGAUCAGGCCCAAUUUUAGCGGUUCUCAUGCAUUCUCUUUACCCACCGGAAUGUUAUUUACAAAGCGAAACGAAAAUUGAGCCUGAUCUCAGGAUAGGGAGGGAGUGUCCCACUGCAGUGAUGCCUCUGGGAUAGCUUAAUUUCAAAAAAGUUAUUUUUAGAAACUAUGCAGACCAUGUGGAAACAGUUCCGGUAAACUAGUUGACCUCCUACUGGUACAGCACUUUCUACAGCCUCCUAUGCAACCUUCUUUGUGCUUUGUAAUUCGUUCCUUCCCACAAAGAUCUAAGAACAUUCCACGCCACCAGAACAUGUCUAAAAAGAUCCUAGUAUUGGUUAUUUUUUUGUGUACGGCAUUUCCACUUUGAGCAUAAUCGAGUUAUUCUAAUUGGAUUCACUUGUUUUUUAUCUACAUUAUGAUCGUUUACCCCCUCUCCCCGGCCCCCCUAUCGAAAUUGCUAGAAAUACAAGACCAUAAAUGCACAGAAGAUCAUCACAGUUAAAUAUGAUUUUUUCUGCAUUUAUUUCUUCUUUCCGUAGUUCAAGUAAUUAUAUGAAAGUCAUAAUUAUAUUCAUCAUUUCAGUACAAGACCACGUCGGAGGGUCGCCUCAUUUUUGCAAGUGAAUGUAACUUCAAAGGUUCCUUUUUUGGCAAAGUAUGAUACGUUCUUCAGUAUCCUUCCCUUAGGGGAUUUUAUAGCUUAAUAAGUGAAUCCUGAAUUUUCUCUCUCUUGGUAUUUUAGUUCCUUAUUUUAUUCCCAGCGCAGUUUAAUGACUAUCGAGCUACAUAGACUGUUCACAGUCCCUUAUUUUUUCGUGAGAUCGUUUAGAUAUACCGCGUCUUACCGUCACGGCUAUCGUGAUUUUCAAAUGCACCGAGGGGGCGGGCAUCGGGGAUUAUAAUCGCUUCUUCCAAAACCGGCCCGCCCCCUAAGUAGUUUUGACACUCAUGCAAGAUGGCAGCCCGUAAGGCAAAGCGCUCGAUCUCGAUGAUCUUACGGAAAAAUAGAGGACUGUGAACAGUCUACGAGCUACAUAACUCAUAUAGCAUUUUCUGUUAUCUAAGGUCUAGGCCAAACGUCGAUCUUUCCAUGAGACGAAGUGAACUUAAGUUCGUCUGAAUGAGUUUGAUCGUCUAAUACAUUCUAUCAGUCUGCUUCCGACGGAUAGAACGCCAGAAGAUCGUUUCCGGGUCAAACGUCGAUCUUCACAUGCGACGAACUAAACUUAUAAAUUAAAAAUUUGUUUGAUAAUGUAUAUUUAGCCUUGUUCGGUAUUAAAAUUGCGUUUUUGUCUGAUUCAGUUGAUUGGCUCGACGUGUCCUAAGUUGGAAGUCUGAUGACCCAACAGACGAUCUUAACUUAAUUUAGGUCGAUCCAAAGUAGAGUUUGGUUCGUCUCAUGAAAAGUUCAACGUUUCGCCAAGGCCUAAGCCAUCUUAUACCUUUGCACGCUAGAUCGUUAUCCUGUAACAGAACAAAUUGUGUCACAGCCCACCAGUACUUCAGUUGCAACAGUGUUAUCUCAACCGACACCUGGCUUUCAACCAACCAGUAAGUUGUGUAUUAAUUUAAAGUAGAUGGUUAAAUAAAUAAAUGAAAAUAAAUAAGUAAAUGUUAAUAGGACUGGGUGGAAUCCGUUUCGGUCUGUAAUCAUACGUAUCCGUUUUGUUUAAUCACGAGUAUGAUUACAGACUGAAUUGGACAACACGAAAUUAGAGCCACGAACUAAUCAUAGCUUUGAAAAAAAAUUGCGAUAUUUUAAAUAAGCUUGUUUAAAACUCAAACGCAGGAUAUUCAGGUUUUCCAGAACUGAAUAAAUUGUCUGUUGUACAUUUUAAAGGUUCUGCUCUUCUUACACAAUUUUCCCCUGCUGAACAUAAACUGUACCGAGCCGUAUCUUGGUCCGCUAUAUAGAAGCUAUAUCAUUGUUCAAAUUUUAAAGUGUAAGAUCCCUGAAAGAGUUCUCCUCACUGGAGCAAUAUGUAAAAGGUUUUCAAAGGUUUAACGCCUGUGAAGAUGUGCGGCCCGUCACCUCUUGUUAGUUUUCACGUGAAAACGAAGAAUUUGAGGAUCAAAAAAACAAAAGUUGUACAUAUAGUUUUUAAAAUUAACUAACGAUAGCGCGAGCCUUCAAUGGAAGUGAAACGCGGUUCUAGUCACCGAGAGAUGGCAGCAGUGACCGGGAACAAUCAUGUAACAUAGUAGUGAUAUAAAAGAUAACAUGAUCUUUGCAGUAGAAUGAACAACCUAAGCGGUUGAAAAAAACCUGAAAAAAUUUCAGGCUUGACCGGGAAUCGAACCCUUGCCUAGCUUUGCGAUGAUCGGACCAAACCCUCUAUCCAUUAAGCCAAUGAGGCCCACUGGAGAGCAAACCAUUGUGAGUAAUUGUCUACGUAUUUGACUGCAGUUCAAACAACGUAAUGAUCAGGACUGUUACGAAUGAUCAGAAGAAGCGAAACGACAGUUUGCUAACCAAGUGAGUAGUAUAGGGCACACCGGUUAGGCCGUUUCUUUGCGGAGGAUUCUCAUUAGAGUGCGGAGGAAUACAUUAACGCCAAUGACGUCAUAACCUUUUGUCUUGAUCUCAUGAAUAAAAUGCGCAGUAAUCUCAUUAACUUGCGGUGGAAUCUCAUUAAGUAUAUCCAGUUUGACGGGUUUAUCAAUGAUGUCAUGUUCUAUUUUUAUCUUGUGGCGGUCAUGGUUGGUAUAACCGGUUUGACAGGAUUUAGUUAUUUUCGGAAGAUGAUGUCAUAUGUAUUCCGGGGUACUAUGAUGUCAUAGUUGUUUUGAAUACUUCAAUAGGAACAAUAGGCUUGCCUAGACUUGCCCGGGAUCUUUUAACCCUGAUUGGAUAGUAAACAAUCUAUUAUGUGUUCAACAUAAAAGCGCGCUCUCCGUUCAGCAUAUUACUCUUACAAUCGCUGUGCUAAGGAAACAAGUUCGCUUGCCUAACUAAAAAUUCGGUUAUAAACAAAACUCAGACGCAAAAAAUGGAGCUCAAACUCUUUAUUUCAAUCUAUUGCAAACAGUGCUCUCUCUAUAAAAUUACUUUAUCUUGAUGUCUUGUUACACGCUCUGUUAACCAGUAGUAAUUUGCAUCUGACUCAUGCCUCUUUUGUGUUCUCGCAAAUUAAACAAUCACGCUUAAGUCCUCUAACAAAAAGAUAAGGUACCGUUUCAUACACAAUUGUUAGGUCUAUUGAAAAAUAAAAUAUUCCACUGCAAAGUGCAUCGACAACCGUUUAAUUAAUUUGUUAUUGGUCUAUCGAGCAUUCGUUUGGUUCUUUUCUAGGAUUAAGUCAUCAAUAAAACACACUUAAAGUUUGGUUGUUUACAGUUUUUAUUGAAGUGCAACAAUACAAAGAUCCAGGAAAUAAAAAAUUCUGUAACAUUCAUAGUAAUGGAAACAUAUUUUGUAGCAGCAGUAUCACACUAGCAUUUCUAUGCCGGCCUUGGGUAAACAGAAGGGAAACGAGAGGACUAUCUGUUGCUUGGGCCAUAAGAUCGUCAAACACCAGUACAUUGUUAAACUUUGGGUCAAUUUCCCGAAGAUCUUCUUUAAACUCUGGAAGGCCACGAAAAAACUGAAUUUCCUUUCCGAUAGAUGACUGCAUCACUUUGUAGGUAUCCUGCCACUGACUGUAGUACCACCAUAUUCGCCUCGGUUUCUUGCUCUCGUAAAGAAUACGAUCCGUUGUGAGAAUUUUUUCAACAAAAAAUGUUUUACCACACUGAGUGGGGCCCACCACGAGAAGUGAAAAUUUAUGUCGAAACAUAAAUUCUGGAUAUGCCUUGGUUUCCAGGGAAACAUCGUCAGUGAAUUUGGGCCUCUUGACUAUACAAUGCUGAGGUUUUUCCGGUUCUUUGACAGCUGCAAUAGUUCGUUUUCGUUCUCUUCUUCUUUCCUUUUCUGUGUGCAAUAAUUGUGUAAAACGUCGGGACACUCCUUGUGUUAUACCCAGACUUUUCUUAGAUCCCGAAAAUACUGCUGCUUUUAGCCAUUGCUUUCUUUCGUGGCUCUUUAAUCGAUGCACUUGACGCAGGUGAUCACUCAAAGAGAGUAACUCUGGCUUACCACAUACCGGGCAAUCUCUCUUGAAUUUAUACGGCAUCUUUACCACACGAGAACCUCCAACAUACUGAAGGAAAUAAGUUAUUUUCCUGUUUAUAUAGCUUCGCUAAUCAAAUUUGAUGAGUCAUCAUUAGUUCUAAUCCAAUUCUUGUCAAUCGUGGUGUAAUAUUAGAUCGAUGUGGGGUCGAUGCGGGGUCGAUGUGGGGUCGAUGUAGGGUCGAUGUAGGGUCGAUGUGGGGUCGAUGUGGGGUCGAUGUAGGGUCGAUGUGGGGUCGAUGUAGGGUCGAUGUGAGGUCGAUUUGGGGUCGAUGUGGGCUCGAUGUAGGAUCGAUGUGAGGUCGAUUUGGGGUCGAUGUGGGCUCGAUGUAGGAUCGAUGUGGGAUCGAUGUGGGGUCGAUGAGGGGUCGAUGUAAGAUCGAUUAUUAUUUACGAAGGAGAACGCUUAGUAGCCCCGCCUUCACCAAUUUUCUAUAAAAGAGGCGCGUUGCUCUCUGAAGUUUAGUUUCCUAUCAGAACGCGUGCGGCUGAAACCAAAGAUGACGAGCACAGGCUAUACCUUAUACCUUCAACAAGGUGCUGGAAAAUAUGAAGACAGCGAAGAAAGCGAUUUCUCCCAAGAAAGCGAAGUCUCUAGCCAAGGAACGGAGUCUUCCCAAGAGGAAGAAACGGAAAACUUAGAGCCUUGGUCACGCAUUCUUGAUGAAGCCGAGAAACGCCAUGAGACCCAGCUCAACGCAUUGAUCAAUGACUACGAAGGGGACGGAGAUUCAGAAAAUGUGGCCCGCGUGUAAGCCGAGAACGCUCUUCUUCCUGUUUACAGAAAAGAGCUAAGAAAAGUACUCUUAGAGAAUCUACAGUGGAUGCGUGCAAUGAAAAAAGACCCCACCUUCAAAAAAGUGAUGGAAACUCAAAAAGAGCUUAAAGACACAGAAGGAUUUGAUUGGUUGGAAUCGACAGAACUAGCGAUCGAUAAGCGAAAAUUCUUACUCAAUCGAUUGUACGAAAAGCAGCCCAUUCCACAAGAUGAAGACUAGACAUUACUAUGAAUGUUACAGAAUUUUUAUUUCCUGGAUCUUUGUAUUGUUGCACUUCAAUAAAAACUGUAAACAACCAAACUUUAAGUGUGUUUUAUUGAUGACUUAAUCCUAGAAAAGAACCAAACGAAUGCUCGAUAGACCAAUAACAAAUUAAUUAAACGGUUGUCGAUGCACUUUGCAGUGGAAUAUUUUAUUUUUCAAUAGACCUAACAAUUGUGUAUGAAACGGUACCUUAUCUUUUUGUUAGAGGACUUAAGCGUGAUUGUUUAAUUUGCGAGAACACAAAAGAGGCAUGAGUCAGAUGCAAAUUACUACUGGUUAACAGAGCGUGUAACAAGACAUCAAGAUAAAGUAAUUUUAUAGAGAGGGCACUGUUUGCAAUAGAUUGAAAUAAAGAGUUUGAGCUCCAUUUUUUGCGUCUGAGUUUUGUUUAUAACCGAAUUUUUAGUUAGGCAAGCGAACUUGUUUCCUUAGCACAGCGAUUGCAAGAGUAAUAUGCUGAACGGAGAGCGCGCUUUUAUGUUGAACACAUAAUAGAUUGUUUACUAUCCAAUCAGGGUUAAAAGAUCCCGGGCAAGUCUAGGCAAGCCUAUUGUUCCUAUUGAAGUAUUCAAAACAACUAUGACAUCAUAGUACCCCGGAAUACAUAUGACAUCAUCUUCCGAAAAUAACUAAAUCCUGUCAAACCGGUUAUACCAACCAUGACCGCCACAAGAUAAAAGUAGAACAUGACAUCAUUGAUAAACCCGUCAAACUGGAUAUACUUAAUGAGAUUCCACCGCAAGUUAAUGAGAUUACUGCGCAUUUUAUUCAUGAGAUCAAGACAAAAGGUUAUGACGUCAUUGGCGUUAAUGUAUUCCUCCGCACUCUAAUGAGAAUCCUCCGCAAAAAAACGGCCUAACCGGUGCGCCCUAUACUACUCAAGUGAAAGUUUCAUGGAAUAAUAGACAAAGCAAUGAAAGGCAGUUUAGGAACAAUACGGUAAGAUGCUGCAGUAACGUACUGCAGUAUCAAAGCUUUAUUUUCACUGAAAUAGUAUAGUGUGGAAGAAGGAGAUUUCUAACACCAUCAGAAAGUUCAGAACAAAUUGCUUGCUCCGGGUGAGAUCGAACUCACGACCCUCCGUGUUCUAGUUCGGACGCUCUAACCACUGGCCUACUGGAGGCCGGCUCUAUGGCGACGAAUGAGCAGGGUCGAAAUUUAAUUAUAACUACACCAGUUAAUUAAUAAUAUACAUAAGUAUUACAAAAUGUAUAUAAAUAAUUUAUACAUUGUCCCUAUAGCGUCUUAUUUGAUUCUUUUCUGUCAAGUGGUUGUUUUGGAGUAUGUUUCAUUAUUGUUUACAACAGUUCUAAAAUUAAGUUCGAUUUAUAUAGGGUUAAAGUAUAACAAAAAUAAACUAGGGGCAAAAAAUAUAUCAUUUGGGGUUAGCAGGAACGUUUGAGUCACUAAGGGUAAAAUUAUGGGAAAUGUAUGAUACGGUUUUGGUGCGAGUUAACGCGGGAUUCGAGUUUUCGGCUUCAUAACUAUACAAAACAAGCAUUUCCGGACUGUUGUAAUGUGAAAUGGCGGCCUUGAAAGUGAGUGAGUAUCCCACAGGUUAACAAAUUGGCCUCAGCCGAUAUAUUUGCAAUGACUAAGCUGGAUUUCUAGCCUUUGUUCGAAAAAUAAGACUGAGUUUCUCCCCUCGAAAAGAGGAGGAACCAGACCGGACCUUAGAGGGCAGCGAAAAUCGAGCCUGACUUGAAUCUAAAUCUAUUUGUAGCUGAUACUACUUUGUUGUUUCAGUAAUGUAUGUGACAGCACCACAAGUUACAGCUAAGAAUGAAUACCACACUAAAGUUGGCAAUGGUGGAUAUGCAGCGAUUGGACCCCAAAGUGCGCUUCAUGUGGAACAAUCAGCUAUGACUACUGGGUUAGUGUAUGAUCUUAUCUUAAGUCAUUGUGAUGUUAAUUUACAUUUGUUUGCUUCGCGCGGUUUGCCCUUGAAAUUCAGAAAUGUGGACGCGGUUGUGGGAGGAAAAUUGCGCAUCUUUUACUUAAGAUGUCAGUGGAGGUUUGAAAUGAGUUGAAUCAUAGAGGAAACCAUGUGAGAUACUUUUGACGUAUUUGAAAAGAUUCUGUCGUUGAGACAAAGUCCUUGGUUAUCGUACAGUAUACAACUAUCUCCCUAGGGGAAGGUGAUUAGUGGUCAAUAUCGAUAUCUAUCUUACCUGAGAAAAAAGCAUAUAACCCUCUCUGGUGCCUAUGACAUGCACUACCUAUUGUUUUCAGGGAUAGGAGCAUUGUUAUGUCACCAUCCCUAUUUUUUUCCCAGCCAAUCACAAUCCUUGUUUGGAAUAGGUGCGGGUCGGCCCGUGCAAACGAGGCUCGAGUUGACUCUCCCCAACUCAACAACUGUUUAUAUUCGUAUUUCUGUGGCCACCAUCUACGAUGCUCAACAUCGGGAGAUUGGGGUGAGUAGGAAUACAGGAACGAGGAAAAAGGAAGACGGGGAGGGGGGUGGGGAAGAAUUCUCCCCAUCCUUCUUGCCCGCUUUGACUCUCCCCAACUCUUUUCUCCCCGACUUUUUUCUUAAUAUGGCGGUUACGCGAGCAGAAAGAUUCGGUCACUCAAAGAAAACGCAUGAGAAUGUAAAUUUUGAUUUGUUCUUGUAUAGUGUUCAGGCCCACCUUUCCUUCUCUGGUGAAAGUAGUUACAGUAUCAACAUGUCUGGCGGACUUGCCAGUAUUGGUGACCACAGUGUAACCAAUGUGGGAACAGCAACACCGAGGUGACGUAUACCAAAAUGUUGUUUGUUGUGUAAUGACCAUUGGGCUCCGUUAGUAGAUUAUAAGGAACUGUUCUUUAAUAUUAGGGAGUUUAAGAUGCGGAGACUACGGACUACGAACUACGGCUGGACGAGCGUUGUCCUUUGUUUGUAGAACUGGGUUGAGUCUUGCAAAUAUAGAACGUUAAGACUGCCCUACAGACAGUAGACUACGAGAGAAGAGGCGGACCUUUAGAACAAUGAGCAAAUUCUUCCAUACUUGAAGGAAGCAAUUACGUCAUGUGAAAUUGGUGAACAAAGUUUUGGUUACACAGGUUUUAUUUUUUUCGCCCAUGAAUACUUACGUCAAAUAUUAAAAAAAUAGACAAAUAGUAAUAGCUCAUUUAUUAGAUUUAGAAGAUGGACUUCUCCGACUACUGAUCUGAUCUAGUUUGAAGUACUGAAAUGCCGAGUUUCGAUUGUCUCGAAGAUGUUUACAUCAUUUUCAUUCAGCAAAUGCGAUACAGAACCUCGCAUAAACAAAGGUUACACAAGUAGAAAGACACACUAAUCAGUUCGAACAAACAUUGAAACUUUUUAAGUGCGAAGAGAAAGUAAAUUGCCUGGAUGAUUUCUCUUCUCCUCGGCCGUCAAUCUGAAUUCUGCGUAUAAACAGCUAAGCUUAUUUAAAUAUGAGCUUAGCUAGAUAAAAAUGUAGUCACAACAGUGAAUUAAAAGCGCAUACCAAAUAUCAUUAAAAUUCGUCGAUUCUCCGUCAAAAAAUGAACACUGAACAAUUAUUCAUCCACUAACCUAGAGGCUUAUCAAUUAUUAACCUGGUAACCCAGAGGGCGUUGCGUGAUUCAUAAAGCAUGUUUGUCCAUCUUGGCCGAGUCUGUUGAAAAUUGAUUUCUUUCUGUUUAGUACAAGGUUUGGUGACUUAGCAUUUUUCAGGUUGCAGUUGUUCUCAAUGUGGCUUAGAGUGAUUAUUUUUGUCUGUAUCUGUAUCAUUAAAUUUGUGCGUGAUCGGUUGUCAUGCUUUUCCUAAUUUCUGUGCCUCUACCACUUCAGCAAGCACGAUUGCACUACAACUGAAGCCGAUGAGUUUUUUUUUUCAAUUACUUGGAAAAUAAACCGGUGUAAGCAGACACUACAUACGUACCAAAAACAUGACAAGUGAGGGUUUUAAAACAGUUUACGAAUGUAAAUAGAUGACACACAUGAAAUGAUGAGACUCAAUGAUAUGGCUCAAAAUUAUGGCGCCAAUAACAUAGAUUCACUAGAACGUCAUAUAUGUACGGCAUCUGUUGUGUACCACUUUUGUUCGGAAAACCACUUGUUUAAAAUACUUCCCGAAAAAAACCCGCUCAGAUUGCGAAUCUCAAAAAUCCGGAUUUGGAUUUGAUCCGAAGAAUCCACCCAGAGUGUAGAUUUUAUGGACUCAUGGUCCGUUGGAUUUUCCCCCCAAAACGCACCCAUAUAUUUAUAAAAAAUCUUACAAUGUCAAACGGCGACGGCAACAAGGACGGAAAAAAUCAAGUGGUCAUAUUAGCAAAACAACAAUUUUUGCACGUGCAUCACGCUUUUUUGUACAUUUUUGCCGUUGUUGUACGAAGUGAAACAAAGGAUUUUGUUGUUUGUCUUCCUGUUCGUUUUUUUUUUUUUCGGGAUGUAACUAAAACUGUGAACGGGGAUCGGGGAACAGCAAUGGGGAAGGGGAAAAUGAAAAAUGGGAACAAAACCUAACUUGAGCCCUAGCCCUAUCAGUGUUUUCAUUUCCAAUUCUCUGUUUUGUUUCCGUCUUUUCAUUUUUCCGUUCUACGUGCUCGUUUCCCGCUCCCCGCUCCCCGUUCCCCGUUCCCCGUUCCCCGUUCCCCGUUCCCCGUUCCCCGUUCCCCGUUCCCCGUUUUAGUAACAUCCCUUUUUUCUUCACUGCCGCUCAUUUUCACCCUGCUGGUCGCUGGUAUUUCUCAUUUUCUCACCGCCGCUAUCUUGUUCCUGCAACGAAAUAUGUCUCUUUGUUUUUUUUCUCUCUCUCGCUUUAGCUCUUUCUCUGUUAUCAACGUCAGUGUAGACAUUUAAAAUUUAGUCGAAAGACUCGACUUUGUUGUCUUUUCUCUCUAAAUGUCUGGAUGGCCAUGCCGUUAUCGCCAAACCCAUGGUUGCUUGAAUAAGAAUUUCACACCGGCUUACAUGUAGGGCAGAGGUACGGACGGAUGGUCAGGUGAUUACAAAAAUUUCUCGCGCCUACACAUGCCGGUUACCAUUUUUUCUUAAUCAUGGUUCUCCGCUGCGCGCGCUUCGCGUGUGCGAGUGCUCCGCUACAACCCAGAAAAAUCAAACAUUUCUAACAUAAUCAAGAAUGGAAACCGUUAAGUGUCAAACUUGAGUUUUGAAUGAAUUAAAUCAGCUGAUGGCAUUUGCCUUAUUAUUAUUAUUGUUAUUAUUAUUAUUAUUAUUAUUACUAUUAUUAUUAUGCAGUUGUCUGGUUCGAAUCGAGUCUGGUUGCACGUUUAGUGAUGGUUUGAGUUUCAUAAACAACAUUUCGUAAAUAAUUUAGGCACUCAAAUUUUUCCUACACUUAUUGAGCCGAAAAACUUGGGUCUUUAGAUGCUAUUGCAACUGAUCGAGUUACAUUAAUUUAUUUCCACCCUUACUGGCCGUUUUGUAUGAUUUGUCAUUGAACCUCACAGCUUGGACUUUUUGGACGAAUUGCAACGACGAUUUUUAGCACAACACAGCUUUGCAACAUUACUGCGAUAUUGUUUCGAAUGCUUGCAGCUUUGUUCAACAUUGCACCGCUGUGUUGCGCUAAAAAUCGUCCAGUCGUUGCGGAAAAAUUGUAAACAAUGAAAGAAAAAGAUGUAAACUAAGAUUCGCCUGAUACUUCUUGCUUGCGUGGAAAAAGUGUUCCAAAGAGGAACUGUUUGGUCAUUAGGCCUUCAUGUAUUUAAGGGAAUAUCAAUGAAAGGGAUAAGCCAAAGCUUUAGGUGAGACAAGGUUUUUGGAAAAAGUUGCAAGAGUUUCUGUAGCUUAUUAGUUGGUGCUCGCAAGGGUGAGUGUUUUAUCUGUUUCCGGCAUCUUUGUAAUUAACGACUUGUUUGUCGAUUACAUGUAUUUUCGUUUUAUAUUGUAGAACUCCAGGUAGUGAAAAACUCAUCACGGAGGAUCAUUUUGAGUUACCAAAAAGAACAGUAAGUUGAAGCUUAAGUUUUUUGACAAAAAUCUGUAACGGUUCAGACAAAUAUGUUACUAAUGGGAUUUAUGAAUAUAUCCUUGUAAUACGGCUUGUAAUGCCAUAGACAAUAUUCGUAUUCCCCGACGGCCUUCUUGGCGAAAACACAAAAAACAAACAUCAGCAAAUUGGCUGCAAAACGAUAGAAAUCAGAAAAAAACUGCAGGAUUUAAAAGCUCAAACCUUAUGGGUGAGCUAAGACCAGCUAAAGGGAUAUCUCUUUCAUUCAACAAAACUGUAGGAAGAGCUGGUCGUACUAACAGCACAAUAAAAAAGCCACGAAGCCAAAAAAGAAACGAAAAGUUAUCUAAAAAAUGGGGAAUUGUGUCCAAAUCCUGUCAAUUUCAUACCUCUUAUUAUUCUUUUUCACUCGUGUGGAUCUGUGAAAUGGAGUUUAACCUACUCAGUAUUAUCUUCUGUACAAAAGUCUGUGUUUACACUGACUUCGUACAAUACAAUACAAUAACUUUAUUUAAAGAGGGAAGCGCAAUAACCUAUUACAGUUUUCUAACCUACGGCCCUCAAACAAAAAAUAAAUAGAUAAAUAAAUUUAGAAGAGAAAAAGCAAAUAAAUUUAUAUAUAUGUGUAUAUAUAUAUAAAUAUUGGAAAUAGGAAAAAAACUACACUUUCAUCCCGACAAGCCUGUUUCGUGAUCUCUCACUCUUCAGGGGAUUUUAAUGAUAAGAAUAUUCAUAACCAUCGACUAUAUACGUUAAGAAAAAUGCUGCUUUUUUACAAGUUAACCGGUUGUAAAAAUACUUCUUUUUUAAAAAAAUAUAUUUUUGUAAAAAAGAAGCUUUUUUAUGUAAAAAAGCUGCUUUUUUACAAGUUAACCGGCUGUAAAAAUACUACUUUUUUACAAGAUAAUGGACUGGUCAAAAAGUAUAAGGGGGGGGCCUGAGCAUUUGGAAAUGUGGUUGAUAAAAAACACAUGACCCACCCCCUCCCUUCGGCACAAAAAUGACUGACCCACCCCUAAAGCAAGGUUGGAAAUUGCAUGACCCACCCCCUAGUUAAAACAUGGACGUUCAGUUUCCUCUUAAUAAUCCAAUAAAACCUUGUUCUGUGCUUGACAAAAUUUGUUGAUACACUGCUACAACCAAUAUCAAAAUCACAGAAAUCAUACCUUUCACUGAAAACACGAAUGUGAAAAACCGAACAUUUCUUGUUUCAAUGGACGUUAUGAGUCUUGACACAAAUAUACAGCAAAACGAGGGUAUAUUGAAAUUAUCUGUCACAAAGCAUAUGAAAAAUUUCGAACAUCUAAAAAAAUGGUAUAAUUGCCCAUUUUUAAAUGAGUUUUACCCUUAAAAGGUCACCUAGAAUUUUCGGGAGCCUUUUUUCUGGCUGAAAUUUUCGAAAAGGUAAGUUUUGAUCCCUAUAAUUUUUGUAUCACUAGACGUUCAGCUAGGAGAUCCGAACAGAUGAAAAAUUUUUAGGGGAUAAAAAUAUGCCUAUAUCUACUGUUUAAAUACUAAAAUACGUUUAACAACGCUAUGUUUAAGUGGUUCUGAACUAUAUUCUCGUUGUGUGCCCCCUAUCUUUGAUAGAAAACCUACUAUCAGAAAUAAAAUUCACAAAAUAAACGGCAGUCUAAACUCCUAAAACAAAACAACAGGGAGGAAAAAGAAAUAUUGUCAUUCGUGACACAAUACCAGCCCUCAGUGUCUACUAUAAAGGAAGCCUGAAUGAAAAAAUGGAAUCUUAUACAAAACCAACUAUAACUUCAAUAAAUUUUUAAAGAACUACCAGUCAUGUCCUUACAAAAAAGGAAAAUCGUUAAAGGACAUGCUCGUUAGAGCCGAAAAAAAAAAGGUUAACAGAGGGUUCCACGCCCGUAUAGAUGUGCGGCCUGUCAACCUUUGUAUUUUCUCGCACAACAGGUUUGUGAGUAUUUUAGCAAUAAUUCCAGCUGGCUGUGUUUUAUAUAACAAGUAUUGCCAACUGUCUCGUUAGUAGUUAGUAAAAAAUGGGGUGACCCGCCCCUUAAGGGUAGCUGAAAAUUGCACGACCCACCCCUUUCACAAGGCUCAAAACCUCAUGACCCACCCCCUCUCUGCUCCGGCCCACCCCCGCCUAUACUUUUUGACCAGUCCCUAACCGGUUGUAAAAAUACUGCUUUUUUACAAAAAUAUAUUUUUGUAAAAAAGUAGCUUUUUAUGUACAAAAGCUGCUUUUUUACAAAAUAUAUUUUUGUAAAAAAGCUGCUUUUUUGUGUAAAAAAUCUCUUUUUUUACAAAAAGAUAUACGUGGAGACUCCGCCCGAAAGGGGUAUCUUUUUCGUGAAAAAUGGUAUAUGAAAGGAUAAGGGACCUCGGAGCUGAGUCUCCCCGUAGAAAACAUGGUUAGACUAUUAUUAUACCGUACUGUAGGUUUUGUGCGCUUCUCAGACUAUACGUUAUCAGAUAUCCCGCGCUGGUCACGUUCACGCUCCGGUGUCCACACUUUGGGAGGCACAUGUUAUUAUGGGACUUUUAAAUUCCCUUGUUAACGCGCUGAAAGCGUUAAAAUCGGGUUAAAAUUUUAUGUUCUUUUUACUAUUAUCACUUCUUGUUUCCCUUGGCGUUUAAUUCUCCAGUUGUUGGAUGCGAAGAAGGAACAGGCAGUAAUUUCUUUUUUUAUGCUUAUCGGCAUAAACACGUAAUGAAUAAUAUAUGUUAUAUAUUUCCUAUGUUCGAUCCAGGAACAAUGUGUUUAAUCUUUUUAAUCGUCAUCAACGCCGUAAACGGAGCCAUGGACGGCGAAGUAACUCCAGACGCAACUCGGAAAUCACAUUGGACCACCUUCGCAAUCUGUAUAACGGAGGUCAGAGUCAUGGUGGCCUACAUCGUCUUCGAACUACUCUUCAUAGCGCCCGGUUAUCAAAUUUGCGUAAACUAUUUGAUGAAUGUGAACGGCUAAUAGUCACCAAUCAGGAACAGCGUUUCAGGAGCAUAGUUUUGGAUGUGUGUUGCAAAAGAUUAUUUUUUCCCGUACGGACAGGUACUGACUCCACCGCUAAACCUCCACGACGCUUCAUCAAAGUGUUUUUCCACAACAAAGGGAUAGAUAAAGUUAAGCUUACUAGCAUUUUACAUAACAAACUAGUUAGAUCUAAGAUACCAAUUUAUUUUCAGGAAAAGGAUCCACCACUGGUGAGUUAUAAGUAUACUAAUACUAUUUCUAGGAGUGUGUUUUUAAAAUUACAAUCAAACCCUUCGUAAUAUUAAU